AAAUUUGUGUUGCAGUGUAAAACACAUUUCGCUAACGGGUUUCAUCAAAGCGUUUUCUCUGUGGUUUUUAAGUCUUAUCUAUAGCAUGCGAACACGUCUCGCAGCCAUGUAACUGUCCCUGCCCUGGGUUUUCCCGCUACUCUGUCCUCUGCGGGAAUUAUCGCCUGCUUCAUUCUCAUUAAAUGGUAGUCUCGCACAUGCGCAUAGAGCUUGGUUUCUAAUGACGUAUCUAGUUGAGUAAAAAGAGGUGUUGUUCGGCCCUUAUGAUUUCUUCGAAUUUAUCUAAAACCUUGAAUUGAUUCAUUUGUCAGAUAUCUUUAAAAAAUCAAUAAAAAAUAUCUGAUAUCUUUUAUAGCAGCAACUCAUAGCACGCGAUAACACACCACACGCGAUAAGAAACGAUGCGUUUUCCCGUUAUUUAUUUCUCGAAAUACGGAGUUUCCAUGUUACUCAGCCAUUGAAGUAUACACGUCACUGCACUCGAUGCAGUGCACAUGCGCGAGAAGCGUGGUUCAUUUAGCAACACUAGCUCUCUCUGCGUGUCAGUUCGUUCCGAGUGACGAAACGAGCGAGUUUGUUAGCACUUGUACGACCACGAAACGACGCACGAUCCAUCACAACGAAAUAGACCCACGCUUGUUGCUCAUGAGCGACGGAAGUCAAUUCAAGUGUCGCGUCUAGUUUCGUAGUGUGUAGUGAACGAAAAGUAGAACGGAUUACAGCCAGGCGAAAAUAUGCCAGUGUCACGGAACGAAAGCGGACAGAGAUAGAAGAACGGGCAGAUCAAAGUGCGGGACCAGCUGUUUUGCGAAAGGUUAUCAGGCGACCGCGCCGAAUAUAAGUACGCGUCGGCGUGAUCGAACGAACGGAAGAAAACGUCGGACGCUCCCAGAGUGUACCGACAAUCGAUCGAACGUGUUAAUCGAGAAACGAGGAUAAAUCGUAAUAACGGUCACGAGAAGCGGAAAUUAGAAAGUGUAUUUCGAGGAAUUGUCGCGCUACGCGAAUGCAAAUGUAAACGAAUUGCGCGAACGAGCGAAGUAUAACGAGGUAAAAGGAGUCGAGAAAUAAACAGAGUCUCGCCGAGCUGAUUGAUAGUAUAAUCAAGCUAUUGGCACUGCAUCGCAUCAGUGUUUUUUUUUUGGCAUUAGAAUCUCGUACUGCUUAAACGUGCAAUAGCGCUCGUUAUUGCUGUAUUUCAUUUUGUAUUUUGUGACAUUGUGUCCCAGAUCUAAGACAUAUCUAUCUAAUUAAAAAAAGGAAAUUAGCGUUUAAUAUACAGACGAUCUGAUCGAGGCACGAAAGGACGAAAUCUUAUUUUCGGCGGUCAAAAUGUGGCAUCCGACGAGUAAAACCGACCAAAUGGAGAAACAUAUUACAGAGGACGACAGAAAGCAGCAACAGCGGAAGGAGUGGAAGUGCGACGACGACGAGUACGCGACGGGCAACGUCGAUUCCGGAUUCCUGUCGAGCGGCAAUUUACAAAGCGACGAGAUCAGCGACCUGGAGCUGCAACCGCGUCAGGAGGGGCGACAGGGAGAGGGGGAGCAGCGAGUCGCGCCGGGAACGACGUUGAUCGCAACGGCAUCAUCAUCGUCGGCAGCGAUUGAGGAGGAACCAAUGAGGGCGAUCGACAGCGGUUUGGAUCUUGACCUCACCGAGAGUCUGAGCCAACUCUCCCUGAAGCAAGUCAGUCUGAACCGACUGGACAGUGGCAAACUUUCCGAACCAACGACUCCGAAAUUAACACGCGUGACCGGAAAUCCGGUAUUGGACAACACCAAAUUAGAACAUGAUGAACUUCAACAACAGCAAGGAGACAGCGGCAGCUACGACGAGCGUGCGACCAAUGAGGAAGCCUGGCAGCUCUACUACGCGCAGGACGACGAUGGUGACACGCAAUUGCACAUCGCGAUCGUUCAGGGCUUUGUGGAAGCUGCGAUCUGGUUGAUAAACAUGGUGCCUGAUCCGUGUCUGUUGGACACUCUGAAUGACGACUGGCAGUCACCUCUACAUCUGGCAGUGUUGACCCAUGAGCCGUUGAUCGUUAGACGCCUAAUAUUGGCUGGUGCGGAUCCAUCUGCGAGGAAUUUCCGCGGGAACACGGCUCUCCACUUGGCCUGUGCGAGCGGUGAUUUCGCUUGCGCCAAGGCUCUCACCGAUCCUUUAUCUCUGAAGGAGAGAAAACAGUUGACACCCGAGAAGAAAGUGCCCGUUUUGCCUCAGGACUUGGAGCAACCUAAUUAUAACGGAGAAGUAUGCUUGCAUGUGGCCGCUGUUAAUGGACACGUGGACGUGGUGCGACUUCUGUUACGUCACGGCGCCGAUCUUAGAACGAAGGAGGGUCUGGCGGGAUAUACAGCUCUUCAUCUCGCAGUGGAGCGCGAGUGUCGGCCGGUGUUUGACUUCCUGCUGCAUGAAUGUCAGCGCACAUCUUGUUUGGAUGAGCGGACGUAUCGCGGCAGAACAGCCUAUCAAAUGACUCUGGACAUAAACAGCGAUUUCGCCAGAGAGGCUCGCAGGGAGCUGGUGCGGUGCGGCGCGACGCCGGAACCGUUGCCGGAGUCAGAUUUCGAGAGUAAUUCCGAUAGCAGCGAGGACGAGGACAUGACGAGGUCAUCAUGGUCGAUGGAUUACUUACCGGCGAUUAAGACGCAAAACGCGGUCGGAGUGACAGUCUAAAAUUAGUCUAAUCAUUGAACAUAUCCAGACGCUGGAAUCGUCGGAUUGGAAGAAAACAGGAGAGUACGGGUACUGUAUAAUGCGCACAAAGACUUAUCUCGAAUCACAUCGAUCCAUCUACGAAUCGCUUUAGUUUAUCAGAUGAAUUAAAUAACUACAGUGGAUAAUAUUUGCCAGAUAAGAUGUAUCUUAAGUACUAAUGCGUUUGCAAAAUUACUCUAAUCAGUGAGACAAAUUCAGACAAACAAAUGUCAUGUUAAAGAAGAUUAAGUGUUUUUAAAUUUGAUAAGAAUUACAUUGAUUACAAUCUGUAACUUGAAUUUUGACGCGCUGGUCGCUCUAUGUACUACAUGUUAAAUCAGAUAACUAGAACGAAAACAAUGCUGGAUAAGAAAAUAAAUUGCGUGAAUGUGUCGAUGUAUAUGAUGAAUUAAUUUGUAUCAUCGUAUAUUGUAUUGCCCUUAGUCUUCGACGUGCCUGCGACGUCAGCUUAAUCUGCUGGAUAGAUUAAGAUUUAUAGUAAAAAAAUGAAAAGAUUAGAGUUAAGUAAAUAAACAAAGUUUAUAAGAUUAGCUUCAAUUCGUGUUAUAUAUGACGCGUGAUCAGAGAUGUAUUUUGAGUCUACAAGUAUUACUAUUAUAAUACAGUUCUAGACUGUGUACGCUUUUUAAAUCGAUACUGGCAGCGAGAUACGCAAAGAAACGGAGUAACGGAGACAUGGAAAUUGUAGACUUCAAAAAUGAAUUUGCAUAGCGAUCGACGAAUAUUCGAUCGCCCUCGAAUGAAGCGACAACACAGGUUGUUCUGUCGUUCGUUUUUCGCUUAACGCUUUGCAAAUACGCAUGCAGCAUCACAAAGUGUACAUUGUAAAAGGCUAUAAAAAUAAGGCAUGCAAAGGACAAUAUACAUUUUACAUAUUGUACAUGCAAAUAUAAGUGUUCUUACAAAUGUUAGUCAAAGAAUCUGAGUGUAAUCAUUUUGAAACGUAUGAUAACGCGAGAAUGAAAAUACUUUCACUUAGCCAAUGCGGUAUCUUUUAUGAUGUAAAUAGAGAAUGCGUGUCUAUCCGCAUUCAACAAUCAUGAAUAUUCGUAAAGAACGGUGUUGUAGAAUAUACUUUGAUGAAUCAGCGCGCGUGUAAAAAUAGAUUUUCGAUUAGAAAAAAGUAUAUUCUAACAUGCAGUUAGCAUGAUAGCUGUACAACGUAUAUGCGUUAUUAGCAUGACGCUUUAAGCUGAGUUAAUGGGCCAGACUGCUGUACAAUAUAUAUGCAUGUACUUACGUCGUAGCAAAUAAAAAGAUCCAAAAUGGUACGAUGUUUAUCGACGAUGAACAUUAUUAACUGGAUCAGUGUUCAUUGUAGUAGUAAUAUAAUUGCUUCCAUUGAUAUACAGUAAUACGUUUACUGCUUUGUGUAUAUAGACAUCUUCCGUUAGAAUCAUAAAUAUAUCAUUGUCACGGCAUAUGAAUAACACAAACGAUAACGAUAUCAUUAUUGUUAUAUUGUAUAUAUAUAUAAAGGCUAUAAUUAUUUUUAAUAUAAAACAUGUUAAAAAUCUAA